CAUUGUAUUGUUCAUCAAUUGUUAUUAUCGCAGAGCUAGCCUGCUGUACAUGCUUGCCUUUCUGUUAGUUUCUCCUCUAUAUAAGUCUUUCAUAACCAAGCACAUCAUCACAAAUGCCAUAAUAGACUAUAUAGUAGCUCUACCUUGAUCUUCACAUCAAGUUCUUCAUCAUGGCAUCAGUUUCUUCCACCUUCAAAUUCUUGUCGCUGCUAAUAGCUUUAUUUGUCGUCGCCAAAAUGGCAAUCGCUGGAGACCCGGAUAUUAUUUCUGAUUUUAUAGUCCCACUAAAUGUAACCACGGUUGAUGGAGCAUUCUUCACUUUCACUGGCAUGCGUGCCCUCGUUGGCGCACAACCACCUUCAGCUUUCAAGGUCUCAAAGGUAAGUGCAGCCGAAUUUCCAGCUCUUAUUGGGCAAAGCGUUUCAUAUGCGGUGCUUCAAUUCCCGGCUGGCACUACUAAUCCACCUCACACUCAUCCUCGGUCUGCGGAGCUUCUUUUCCUUGUUUAUGGUUCUCUUCAAGUAGGAUUCGUCGACACAACCAACAAGCUCUUCACCCAGACUCUACAGGCUGGUGAUAUGUUCAUAUUCCCCAAGGGGCUCGUCCACUUCCAAUACAAUGCCGAUGCCCAAAAUCCAGCUUUGGCAAUUUCUGCUUUCGGAAGUGCUAGUGCAGGGACUGUAUCACUUCCUACUACCCUUUUCACCACCAGCAUUGACGAUAACAUCUUGGCUAAGGCCUUCAAGACUGAUGUUGCCACCAUUCAAGCUCUGAAGGCUGGUCUUGCACCAAAGCCUUGAGGAUGGGAUUCAUCACCAUUCUUUCCCUGUAUUCCUCUUAUAUUUUUUGGUACUUCUAUUUUUUUUCCAUUGUUUGAUGAUUUGUAUUGAAUAAUCGCUCCAACAGUGCUCGAGGCCGGUGCAUAUUGCUUAUUUGUCCACUGCUUAAUAACAUUGUUGGUCACAAACUCUUGUUUCACAGCAAUAAAAAUUAAUCAUGAAAACAAAAAACAACUUGUGUUUUCUUAAAUUUUCCGUGCGAGAAGUGAAGGAUUAGUGCAAGCUGAGAAUUGAGAAGCAGACUGAAUUUGCAAAAGUGCAAACUUUCACACAUGCUUUGCGAGCAGUAUAUAUAUAGCUAAACUAAAGCUGUGAUGCUUAGCUCUGAACAAUUUUUCCAACUUAAUCAACCGAUUUUUCUCUCCUCCUCCUCUAGCUUCAUUGUUAUUCCGAAAGAAAAAGGCCCAAGCCAUGAGAACUGGGGUACAAGAAGCCCAGGAAGCACAGGCUCCUGCGUAUUGAACCCCUCAAGCUGC